AUGAGAAUAUGGUUGGAGAACUUCAUGACAACACAGCAACAAGUAAAGAGAACUAAUACCUUGAAGGAAGAUGAUGAUUAUGAUGAUAAAAGGCAGAUUUUGGAUGAAUCUGAUCCAAAGGAUAACAAUCCAUUUAACCCUAAGUGUAGAAAUUACUUUCUAUCUGCAUACAAAAAUUUUGGAACAUCACCUGCACAGACAGCAACAAGUGAAACACAUGAUAUGCUGAAACAGAUUCUUGAUACUAUGUGCAUUCCUAAACGGAGUCCCAGAGAAAGUAUUCUGAACUUCUUGUCAUAUCCUCUAUCAGAGAAGAAGUUGUCUGAACAUGUUGAUAAGGAAAGUUAUGGUUUAACUGAUUAUCGUACUACAACAAUGUAUGACUAUCGACCUCACCAGCAGACAUGGACAAAGCCUGUCACUCCCAUUCCAGAACAACCUCAUAAGAAUCGCAUUUACUUGUCAGAGCUGACAGAUGGAAAUUCACCUAAACGGAGGGGUAUCAACAAGUUUUUUGAUGAUAAUCUGGGAGAUUUUUAUAGGAAUUGCACAGAAAAAUAUGAUCUGUAUGCUUCUUACAAUCCAGGGACUGGAGAGUACAGCAAUAUUAAAGAGACAAUAAACAAAUAAUAUCUUGAAGAUAUAUUUAUAUGACAGUAUUUACAUGUGUUGUUUCACCAUAAUUUAUUUGACAUGGAAAAGUAAACUUAUUUUUUCAACUAACAAUUUAUUGUUUUUCUUACAGUGUAUAUUGCAUGUAGAUGUAUUGUCAUUAAGGGUUUCUUUUGAGUUACACUGAAUGCAAGUCAGAGAGUUCAUUACUGGUUAUAAGGUUGACCAGUUAUGCAAAGCACAGCCAAUGCAAGAGUGGCAAAACUAAAUGAUGAGAGAAUUUGUUUUGGUUUCUAUUCCAUGCUGAUUAUCUUCAUUGUCUCUAUAAAAAUGUUAUCAGCCUAUCAUUUUUGUGUUCAAGUUACCAAGAUGGUUAAUUUCUAGCAAAUAAAGUUUCUUCAUUUGAAAGUCUGAUUAGACAGCACAGUCUUACAUCCACUACAGUUUUCAUUUUACAUUUAAACUUUAAAGAAUAAGGUUAAAGGUCUUUUUCUGUAAAUUUUAAUGUUCUGAAAACUUCAAAUUUUGCCUUUGAAAAUGCUUUUUACUACAAAUUUUUUUUUUCAGAAAUCUUAUUAUGUAUCAACUGUUAUUGUGUUAUCUUUAAAGAUGCUGUAUAAUCUCCAUUUAAUUUACCUGCAGUGAUAUAUAAUAUAGCCAUGUAAGAACACUAAUAGCUGCACUGUCAUGCACCCCAACAAUGAAAAAUUUACACCCAGAAAUUACAGUGCCUGUAAAGUAGAUGUAGCAAAGACUUGAAGUAAAAGUUAGUCAAUUGUUAA